UAUAUUUUGGGGUCCCCUCCCAAGUGAGGAAGAGGAUGUCAGAGGAGAAGAAGCUGAAGCUGAGCCAAACGCUGCUCCCGCCGGAGUCGCUGAAGGUGAUGGCGGAAGCGCUGGGAGUGGCGCAGGCGGGAGAGGAGACGUGUCAGCUGCUGUCCGAGGAAGCCAGUUACCGCCUCAAGGAGGUGGCCCAGGACGCACUGAAGUUUAUGCACAUGGGCAAACGCCGCAAACUGACCACGGGCGACGUUGACUUUGCCCUCAAGCUCAAAAACGUGGAGCCCCUCUAUGGUUUCCACGCGCAGGAAUUCAUCCCUUUCCGCUACGCCAGCGGUGGCGGCCGCGAACUCUACUUCUAUGAGGAGAAGGAGGUGGAUCUCAGCGACAUCAUCAACACACCUCUGCCCCGAGUGCCCCUCGACGUCUGCCUCAAGGCGCAUUGGCUCAGCAUUGAGGGGGUGCAGCCGGCCAUCCCGGAGAACCCGCCGCCAGCCCCGAAGGAGCAGCAGAAGGCCGAGGCCACAGAGCCCCUCAAGUCCACCAAACCCGGCCAAGAGGAUGAUGGGACCUUGAAGGGCAAAGGACAGAGCGUCACCUCGGCCGAUGCCAAAGGGAAGGAGAAGAAGGGCCCGGUGCUGGAGGUGGCCCCUCUCCGGCUGAAGCCCCGCAGUGUCCACGAGCUCUCGGUGGAGCAGCAGCUCUACUACAAGGAGAUCACUGAGGCGUGUGUGGGCUCCUGUGAGGCCAAACGUGCCGAGGCUCUCCAGAGCAUCGCCACUGAUCCGGGUCUCUAUCAGAUGCUGCCGCGGUUCAGCACCUUCAUCUCCGAAGGGGUGCGGGUGAACGUCGUGCAGAACAAUUUGGCUCUUCUCAUCUACCUCAUGCGGAUGGUGAAGGCUCUGAUGGACAACCCCACGCUCUACCUGGAGAAAUACCUCCACGAGCUCAUUCCGGCCGUCAUGACGUGCAUUGUGAGCCGUCAGCUCUGCCUCCGCCCGGACGUGGACAAUCAUUGGGCGCUGAGGGACUUCGCUGCCCGUUUGGUGGCCCAAAUCUGCAAGAACUUCAGCACCACCACCAACAACAUCCAGUCCCGCAUCACCAAGACCUUCACUAAGAGCUGGGUGGACGAGAAGACACCCUGGACCACCCGCUACGGCUCCAUCGCAGGACUUGCUGAGCUCGGCCAUGAUGUCAUCAAAACGUUGAUCCUGCCCCGAUUGCCGCUGGAGGGCGAGAGGAUUCGAGCCAUCUUGGAAGGCCCCGUGGUCAGCAACAUCGACAAGAUCGGCGCCGACCACGUCCAGACGCUACUCCUGAAGCACUGUGCCCCCGUGGUGGCCAAGCUCCGGGCGCCCCCAGACCAGGCGGACGCCUUUCGGGCCGAGUUUGGGUUCGUGGGCGCCGCCCUCUGCUCCCACGUUGGCAAAGCCCGAGCGCAGGCUGCCCUCCAGGCCCAGCAGGUCAACAGGACAACCCUCACCAUCACCCAGCCGCGCCCCACGCUGACGCUGUCGCAGGCGCCCCAGGGCCCCCCCCCGCGCCCCCCCAGCAUCAUUAAGGUCCCCGGUGCCAUCGCCCUCCCGGUGCCGGGGGUGGGGGGGGGGGGGCGCCCCGGGACCCCAACGCAGCCCUCGCCCCCCCCAAAGUUCAUCGUCAUGAACUCAGCGACCGCCACCGGAGCCACUCAGCAGGUUCUCACCUUCAGCACCAGCCCCGCCCCCACCGCCACCUCUCCAGUCACCACCAGUGUUCCCAGUGUCCAACCCGUGGUCAAACUGGUGUCGGCGGCUCCCACUGUCCCCAGUGCCACUGUCACCGGCAGUGUCCAGAAGUACAUCGUAGUGUCCCUUCCGCCCUCUGCGGGGGACAAAAGUGGCCCCGGUGCCACCCCCCCGCCCCCCCCAGCCCCCCAACUCUCCCAGUACCCCCUCCAGUGCUCCCAGUAA